AUGCAUGUAUUAGUUCUUUUGGCUUCUUGCUUGCAUUUCGCCUCCACCAAGAUUCAUCACCUUACCUUAAGGGGAGAUGCUCGCAGAAAUAUUCCGCUGACGAGUUUCGGUUAUGCAGAAGGUGGCACGUUUGAUCUCGUACUCAUCAAUUUCACGGUUCCGGAAACAAUCCUCGAGAAAGUCGAUUCUAGAGAGAACGCUGACAAAUCGGGCGUGAUCGGGUUUUCAUUGUCUCGUGGUAAUUCAAUCGCCUCAGGAGUUGGAUCCAAUCCUCAUGUUUGUCAACUACAGCAGACCGAUCAGGGUUUCGAUGCCCUCUUCUUCUUCGCGGAUCUUCCCCAGAAACGUUUGCGUGUAUUUCGAUCGGGAGCUGGAAAGUAUAUCCAUCUCUGUUCGUCCCACGAAGAAUGUGCCAGGGACGCAAAUGUUGCGGAGCCGGUGAAUGAUGAUGUAGAUAACGGUUCACCUCUGCCUCCGGUACGAACCCGUCGUGACGGCGAGGGAUGGCUGGACAAGUUCAAACGAAUUCUUUCUGGUGGAGACUCGGGUAAACCAUAUAAGGAUUUUGUACCUUUGGAGCAAAAGGAUUUAUUGUACUCUGCCAAUAUAUCCAUUCGUUUUCCCUACGAUUUACGCGGAAACUAUCACUUCAUCUAUCACAACUGCUUUAACUAUCGUGCCCAUGGAUACAGUGACCGAGUCGCGGUCGAUUUUACGGUAUGGAUCGUCGAACGAAAUGUUGGCUCGUUCCUUUCCGCUGGAGAUAUACCAAAACCUCAACUGUUCAUAUACGUUUCACUUGCCUUUGUUCUUUCCGCUGCGCUUUGGUGUAGAUUAUUGUGUUUAUCCAGCCAUGCCAAUGUCUAUCGAGUACAUGGUUUAAUGACAGCUCUGAUUUUUCUGAAAGCUGCAUCACUUUUCUUCCAUGGAGUUAACUACUUUUUCGUUAGUAAAUAUGGGCAACAGAGUGAGAUCUGGGCAGUUGUUUAUUACAUCACUCACUUGCUGAAAGGUGCUCUUCUCUUUGGUACUAUUAUACUGAUUGGAACGGGAUACACGUUCUUCAAAAACUUCCUCACAGAACGUGACAGAAAAGUUUUUAUGGUGGUCUUGCCCCUUCAGAUCGUCGACAACAUCGCCAUGGUGAUACUGGAAGAAAGCGAGUUUGGUCAGCAAGGGUACCAGUUAUGGUUUGAAAUGUUUGUCUUCAUCGACAUGGUCUGCUGUUUCCUGAUAAUAUUCCCUAUAAUUUGGUCUAUGCACCAUUUGUCCGAAGGUGCGCGAAGCGAUGGUAAAGCUGCAUUCAAUCUCGAAAAACUUCGUCUCUUCCGUCAUUUCUAUAUGAUUGUUAUAUCGUAUGUCUAUCUUACAAGAGUUAUGAAACUGCUUCUACAGUAUGCGCUUCCGUUCGAUCAAGAAUGGAUCACCGAUGCUGUCGUUGAACUAUCUACUCUUAUAUUUUUCAUUCUCGUGGGGAUUCUUUUCCGUCCACAACCUGCCAAUCCUUACCUGAAGCUGAACCAGGACAUUGAUGACACGGAGGAUAUUUCGUAA